GCGGCCCCCGCGGCCCGGGCGGGGCGGCCGCAGUCCCCGCCCCCGGGGCUCGCCCGCCGCUUCCUGCGGGCACGGCCGGGCCGGGGCGGCGGCGGCGGCGCGCGACUCAACACAGGCCCUGCCGGUGCCCAGAGAUGCCGGCAUGCCGGUGCCUGCCUGCCUGCAGCGCCCUGCUCUGAACCCCAUGCUCAACACUGGCCACACCAUGGAGGGGCCAGGUGAGGAGCCAGCUGGAGACAGGGCCGAGCCAUGGGCUCGUGGGCUGCGCAACAGUAACAACAACGCAUCGCCGGGGGGCUGGCUGGGGCCCCGCGGCGGGCACCCCUUCAUGCCCUUUGGUACCCGAUCCCCUGGCACCGAGCCCAGCUACCUGGAGCGUGUGGUGCUGGAGAUCGUGGAGUCGGAGCGCACCUACGUGCGGGAUCUGCGCAGCAUCGUGGAGGGUUACUUGGGCAAGAUCAUCGAUGCGGAGGAGCCAUUGCUGCAGCCAGAGCAGGUCAGCGCGCUCUUUGGGAACAUCGAGGACAUCUACGAGCUGAGCAGCAACCUGCUGCAAACCCUGGACAGCUGUGACAAUGACCCUGUAGCUGUGGCCGUCUGCUUCGUGACCCGGAGCCAGGAGUUUGAUAUUUACACGCAGUACUGCAACAACUACCCCAACUCGGUGGCGGCCCUGACUGAGUGCAUGAGGAACAAGCAGCAGGCCAAGUUCUUCCGGGAAUGCCAGGAGCAGAUGCGGCACGCGCUGCCUCUCGGUGCCUACCUCCUCAAACCUGUCCAGAGGAUCCUCAAAUACCACCUGCUGCUCCAGGAGAUUGCAAAGCACUUUGAACACAAGUCAGGGGAUGACUACGAGGUGGUGGUGGAGGCCAUUGACACCAUGACCUGCGUGGCCUGGUACAUCAAUGACAUGAAGCGCAAGCACGAACACGCCAUCCGCCAGCAGGAGAUCCAGUCGCUGCUGCUGAACUGGAAAGGGCCAGACCUGACCACAUAUGGGGAGCUGGUGCUGGAGGGCACUUUCCGGGUGCAGCGAGUGCGCAAUGAACGGGCCUUCUUCCUCUUCGACAAGGCCCUGCUCAUCACCAAGCGUCGCGGGGACCACUACGUCUACAAGAACCACAUCCCGUGCUCCUCUCUGAUGCUGAUUGAGAGCACGCGGGACUCAUUGUGCUUCAGCGUGGCUCACUACAAGCACAUCAAGCAGCAGUACAGCCUGCAGGCCAAGAGCGUGGAGGAGAAGCGUGUGUGGACCCACCACAUCAAGCGGCUUAUCCUGGAGAACCACCAUGCCAUCAUCCCCCAGAAGGCCAAGGAAGCCAUCCUGGAGAUGGACUUAUUCUACCCCCCGCGCCUGCCCCGCUACAGCCCUGAGCGACUGAAGAAGAGCUGGUCAUGCCAACCCCUGGAGGAGAUGUCCGCAGAGCCACGCCAGGGCCGCCGGCAGUCAGAACCCUUCCAGCAUCGGGACCGUGCGGAGACGCUGCCAGACAGGCUGCACGGGCACACCGGGCGCAGGCAGUCGGAGCCUGCCAAGCAGAUCCUGCAGCAGCUGGGGGAGCGAGGUGAGCAGGCCCCCGUGGGCAUGCAGCACGCCGACAGCGACGGAGCCCUUCUGGAGGCAGAGGAGCCCCUGCCGCACCCCAGGCCCUGGGCUACGGCUGAGGGAGUCAUGGAGGAGGAGGAGGAGGAGGAGGAGGAGGAGGAAGAGGCUUUCGGCAAGGACGCCCGGGAGGAGCUGCCUGGUGCUGACGCCAUGCCGGCGGGCCCCCAGGACGAGCAGGCCCUGAGGCCCCUCCAGAUGCCGGAGGGGCCCAAAGCCUGCAAGAGGCCGAGCAGCCGAGGCCCGAGGAGCUGCGAGAAGCGCCGCAGCAUGGCCACGGCUGGUGCCGGCCAGGAGGUCAGUGCGGCCCCGGUGCCCCAGCGCGGGCAGUGCGCAGGCGCAGCAGGGCCCGGCACCCAUCUGGCUGCCCCGCUGCAGGCCGGCACCGAUGGGGAGCACAGGGAGGCGCUGGGGGUGCCUGUGGUGGUGGCUGAGCACCUCGAAGAGCCCCCUUCGUCGGACGUGGAGUCAGUGGGUACCCCGGAGUCGCUCCUGCCUGGGCGGCAUGAGCGGGCCAAGCCGGAGCCAUGCUCGGAUGGGGGUGUCGCGGAGCCAGCGGAGGAUCUCCGAACCCUGAGCAGCGAGGAGGAGGAAGAGGAGGAAGAGCGGGCCCUGCAUGCCCCCAGCAGCAUCCUCCCGCCCUCCGUGCUGGACCAGGCCAGCAUCAUUGCGGAGCGCUUUGGCAGCAGCUUCUCGCGCCGCAGCAGCCUGGCGCUGGAGGAGGGCCGGGCAUCACUGGGCGUCGCGCCAUCGCGCCUGCCCAGCCGCAGCAGCAGCGUGCUCAGCCUGGAGGGCAGUGCUCUGGACGCCCAGAGUGGCCCCCUGCUCCCGGCCAGUGAGGAGGGGGAGCCGGGGCCACCCUGCAGCACCGUGGCCUCGCCAGACCCCCCACCCUGCCCCAGGAAGGAGUCACUGCUCUCCAUGCAGGACCGCUUGCUGCUUGAUAAGAUCAAGAGCUACUACGACCAUGCUGAGAACCAGGACGCCAGCUUCAGCAUCAAGCGCCGAGAGAGCCUCUCCUACAUCCCCAAGGGGCUGGUGAGGAACUCUGUUUUCCGCAUCAACAGCCUGCCCCGGCCACCCCCAGGGCCCAACAUUGGUGCUGGAGCCCGCACCGCUGUCUGGGUGCUGGCCGCCAGCCCCAAAGCCGCCCCGUUGGCGGAGCCGGAGGUGGCUGAGCCGAUGCCCGGGGCGGCUGAGGAUUUCCACCCGCCCUCAGCGGGGCGGCAGGAGGAAGAGAGGCCGCGGCAGGAGAAUGGGCUGGAGCCACAUGAGCCACUGCUCAUCCUCGAGGACGAUGACCUGGGCACCGGCGCCGCCGAGGAGGCCCCCAAGAGCCCUUCGCCCACUGGGUGCCCGCAGGAGCCAGGCACUGGGGCCAGUGAGCUGCCGCGGCCACUGGCCUUGCACUCGCGCCUGCUGCAGCUGGCCGCCGGCGGUGGCGAGGCGGCCGAGCGCCCCGGCACCAAGGUGUACCAGCUGGCGCGCCAGUACAGCCUGCGCAUCAAGAACCGCCGCGCGGGUGCCCAGCGCUGCCUGGCACAGCUGGAGGAGGACAUGCGGCUGAGGACGGCAGCGCCCUGCGACCAGCCACAGCCCCCGGCUGUGGGCACAGGUCCGCCGAAACACGCCCUGGCGCUGCCCAGCUACAAGCAGGUGGUGAUCCAGGAGCAGCGCCUGCCAGCGCCGCCCUCCGCAGCCGCUUCGCCGCAGGAGAAGUCGCCGCGGCGCUUCUCCCCCAGCCCAUCCUCCGGCAGCCCCCGCCUGCCCUCGCCGGGCAGCCUGGCCUCCCGCAGCCCACUGAGCCCCGGCGGCGCCGAGCCCUUCACCUGGCCCGACGUCCGCGAGCUGCGCUCCAAGUACGCGGCCUUCGGCAGCGCUGGGCCCCGCCGGCCCCCACUGGUGAACCGCAGCCGCUCAGCGCCCGAGCAGGUGGCGGUGGCGGCGGUGGGGCGCAGCGGGCGGCCGGUGGCGAAAGCCUCGCCGCUCAACGGCCGGAGCCGGAGCGCCGAAGCCGGCGCUGAGGCCGGCGGCCCCAAGCACCAGCGCAACAACAGCGAUGGGGCGCUGUGCGUCACGGCCCAGGCGGCCCUGGGCGCUGGGCAGCGGGUCAUUGUCUUGGAGCGGGUGGCCCCGGGCGCCGAGGCGGCGCCCGACAGCUACGUGCAGAUCCGCUCGCCCACGACACGGGAGAAGAUCUGCCUCAAGGCGGUGGUGGAGCGCUGCAAAGCCUACCAGGCCUCGGAGGCCUACCGCCGGCGCCAGGCCGAGCCGCCGCCGCGGCCCUGGGACCCCCCCGACACCGCCCGCCCUGGCCUCGUCAGGAACCUGCGGGAGAAAUUUCAGACGCUCAAUGCCGCCAGCUAGGCCGGCGCCCAGCGGGCAGGACCCGGCGCCCGCGGGGAGCACCGCGGUGGCAACCGACAACCUGACUCCCCCCCGCUUGCUCUCGGUGGUGCUUCCCGGAGCGCGAGGAGAGGGGCGCCCGCUGUGGGCCCGUGUCCCCCCCAGCACCCGCCCGCCCGCAGCUGGCACACGGCGCCGGCUUUGCUUUGAUGUCUUUAUUAGAAAAACAGAACUGAACCAAAAGUUA